AUGCCGCAAGGCCGAGCACUGCGCCUGGUGACCCUGAAGGAAAGCCUGGCGGAAGCUGAGUCGGGGCGCAGGACUUCGAAGCCUGUGAAUGCCCAGGAUGCUAAGGAGGAGGAGAGGGAGACCAAGGCCUCCAAGAAGAAACCCCCCUACCUCACAAUGCUGCCCACCGCAGUGCUGAGGCUCACUCGAGCCACCCGGAGGAGGAAGAGAGCCAAGCUUCCCUCUCUCAAGAAGGCACCCCAGGCGGUACCCCAAGACUCCGCCGAAGAGCGCUGCGGCCUGGGCUGUCUUGUCAUCCCCUGUUGCCAGCGUUUCAAUAGCAUCAGGUGGUUUAUGGCUUUCUAUUGCGUUCUGCUGGUAUCUCAAGGUAUUGUGUUUGGUCUUACUGUCAUGAGUAAUAAUGAUUUUGAACAAGACCAUGUUCUGACAACCACUGAGAAAUCAGCACUGACCCUCAGUUACGAUAUUUCUUCUUGCCUGGUGGCAUUGUUUAUAGCAUACUACGGAGGUAGUGGAAACAGAACCAAAUGGAUUGCAUUUGCCUCCUUUUUGGUAGGAUUUGGAUCACUUUUACUUGCUUUUCCGUACUUCGGUACUAAAGAUUAUAAAAUAGAGAUAAAACCUGAAGAUAUUUGCAGCAUGACAAAGGUUCAAUCUUCAACCUGCCUGAGAAGCAAAUCAUCAUUUCAAGCAAAAUACAUAACUUUUUUCACUCUUGGACAGAUAGCUCAGGGGAUAGCAGGAAUGCCUCUCUAUAUCCUCGGGAUAACCUUCCUUGAUGACAAUGUGCCCACACACUCAUCUGGCAUCUAUUUAGGCAUUGCAGACGCUGCGGGAAUACUGGGUUAUGCGUUGGGUUAUGCAAUAGGAGCACCACAGCUUAAGUCUUCUCAGAAUAGCACUUCUCAAACAAAAAACGCUUUCAACAACAUGGGUCAUGUGCUACAGCAGAACUGGUGGUUUGAUUUUCUGCUAGUCGCUUUGCUUGCUUGGUCUACGCUGAUACCAUUCUUAUGCUUUCCAUACACCUUAGCAGGUACAACCAAGAUAAGAGCUAGGAAACAAAGAGAGUUUUAUUUGUAUGAGAGCAACCUUAAAUAUUGGAAAUUUGAAGGAAAUAUUAAGGAUUUGUUUGGUGCUGUUUGGAUGCUGCUGAAGUCUCCAGUGUUUAUGUAUCAAGCUCUAUCCAAAGCUUCAGAAUCUUUAAUUAUUAUUGGAGCCUCUGAAUUUUUGCCUAUUUAUUUAGAAACUCAGUUUAUAUUAACACCCACGAUGGCAGCUUCACUUACAGGACUUAUUUUAGUUCCAGCAGGUGCACUUGGCCAACUCCUAGGAGGCAUCAUUGUUUACCAGUUGAAAAUGUCUUGUAAAGCACUGAUGAGAUUUAUAAUCGCUUCAUCUACUGUAGCCAUUAUAUUCUUUGGAGUAGUAUUUUUUGUACACUGUGAUCCAGUCAGGUUUGCCGGAAUAAGUGAAAAUUAUAAUGGCACAGGUCAGCUGGGAAAUCUCACGGCUCCUUGCAAUGAAAGGUGCAGAUGCUCCACGGGGCUGUAUUCUUCUGUAUGUGGAAGGGAUAACACUGAAUAUUUUUCUCCGUGCUUUGCAGGUUGCACACAUGCAAAAACUAUAGGCAAUCAAAAGAGGUACUACAAUUGUACAUGUAUUAAAGAAGGACUAACGACUUCUGAUGAUGAUGGUGAUUUUAUUGACGCUGUGCUCGGGAAGUGUGACAUGAACUGUUACACGCUGCCAUUGUUUUUUGCUUUUAUUUUUUCUGGAAUUGUUUUUACAAGCUUUUGUGGUGUACCAAUCAAUCUGAUUAUCUUUCGGAUUAUCCCCGAGCAUCUCCAUUCUCUCGCCAUCGGUAUAACCUAUGUGAUUAUGAGAAUAUUUGGGACAAUUCCUGGGCCAUUACUUUUUAAACAAACAGGAGAAACUUCGUGCACCUUUCGGGAUAUCAGUAAAUGUGGACACAAGGGACGUUGCUGGGUCUAUAACAAGACAAAAAUGGCAUUUAUUUUGAUUGGAAUAUGUUCUUUUUGCAAACUAUGUACUAUUUGUUUUACUGUACUUGGAUUUUACAAGUAUAGAGCUUUUGUAAGGGAAAAAAAAGAUAUCCUGCAAGAUAUAACAUGGAAGACUCCGAAAACAAGAAGAAAGAGGUCUAACUUCUAAUUAGAGCUUCACUGGGACUGUUGAAUAUCUGAAGAUCAGAGUCUGAAAACAGAUAUAUAUCCUUUAAAGAUGCCACAGAUGUAUUGCUGUGCC